AUGACCCAUUCAACGGCAAAUAUUCUUACACUUAGCAAUGAAAUAUUACUUAAUAUUUUCAACAAACUCGAUAAUAUGGAUGUAUUAUAUUCACUUAUAGGAGUCAAUCGAAAACUCGAUCGAGUGGCUCGGGAUACGAGUUUUACACAAUCUCUUGAUUUUGUAAAAAUAUUAGACAAUGUUGACAAUCUGAAAAUUAAUUUUAUGCUUGAUCGAUUUUGUUUGGAUAUCAUACCUCGUAUUGAACACUAUAUUAAAUGUCUUACUAUUGAUUUGUUCUCAAUUGAUCGUGUUCUUCGUAUUGGAAAUUAUCCUCAACUUCAUAAACUUACUCUCAACAAUGUUCAAUACGACAUAAUAUAUAAAAUGUUCAACAAUAAAUCAGCAAUUAUUCAUACUUUGAAAAAUCAAAUUUCACAUCUUGCUAUUAUGAUUAAUGAAGAACACGUAUUUGAUCAAAAGAAAGAAUUAUCUCGAAGGGUUUUCACUGAUGUUUUCCAAACAUUUACGAAUCUAGCACAUCUUCAGUUUUAUUUUCAAGAUCAUUAUUCAUAUUUACCAAUCUCAGCUGUAGAUUUGCCAUUAUCAGCAUGCUACUCAUCUCAUAUUGUUUGUUUAAAUAUAAAAAUAUUUGAUUUUGAUGUUUGUUAUUAUCUACUUGAUGGACGUCUUAGCCAAAUGCACACACUCAUUGUUAAUGUUCAACGAAUUCGACAAACGUCAAUGGUCAACAAAGAUAAGAAAAUUGUUUCAAAUCUCAAAUGUUUUUCAUUAAUUUCACUGAGACGAACAACUGUAUAUGAUAAUCUAAUUGUACCGUUUAUUAGUCAAAUGUUUUAUUUGGAAAAACUCGUAUUAUCACUUAUUGUUUAUAAUCGAAGAACAUUCGUCGAUGGUAAUUCAUUAGUUAAUGAUAUACUUAGUCCAAUGUUAUAUCUACAUACAUUUAUCUUUAAUAUCAUUAGUGAUGGUGUUAGAGUACUUGAAGAACUUAUUUCGCCACCUGAUGUUCUAAGUCAUGCUCUCGUCGAAAGAGGAUAUGAUUUAGACUGUUAUACUGACUACAAUCCUUUAAGUAGAGGUCAAUAUCAUAUUUACUCGCUUCCAUUUGUUAUGGAUCGCAUGCAUAUACAUUCAAAUAAAUUUCCUAUCGGUUUGUUUUGUACUUAUCUUCAGUAUUUGGAUGAAAAACGAAUGCUCACUGAAAGACAAAGAGCUGGUAUCAUAACAGAUGAAGAAGAACAUCGUCUCGGAUAUGUGACCGAUAUACAAGUUCGUGCAGUCCUCGAUUUGAUAGGUGAUUCGAAUUUUAUCGUCGAAACUGAUCAUAAACCACUUGAAAAUUUUCAUCACAAACAAAUCAAUAAUAAACGAGUGAUGAAUUGGCUUUUUAAAUUACAAGAUAUGUUGCCACAAAUUAUUGCAGUCAAGUAUCGUGCAGGUGCAAACAACACUGCCGCAGAUUAUAUUUCACGACAUUUUCCUCCAUCGGCCUCUAUCAACAUUAAUCCAUCCACACCAAAUGUAGCAUAUGAUGAUUGGCCAAUUGGUGAUCAACACUGGUCUGACGAAGUACCCAAACCACCACGUACACAAUUUAUCCAACCAUCUAUUUCAAAAAACACUUGUAUUCGCAAUGCCGGUAUCAAUCCAGAAAUUAAUGCUGUUACAACAAGAGCACAAUCCAAACUUCAAGCUCAACCACGUUCACCUUCACCACAUACAUCAUCUACAUCAACUACAUCUCCAUCUACAUGUUCUUCUCCACCGACGGCUAAUCACUUAUAUGAUUUUACUUUAUCACGUAUCCGUUCUGAACAAGCGCACGAUAUAACUAUCCAACAAAUAAUUCAACAAAUUCGCCAUAAUCGUCAUUAUGCAUCGUUUAUUAUUCACCAGGAUAUUCUGUACAAAUUAGCUCGCCGUGCUGAUACUACUAUUAAACUUGUUUAUGCACCUUCGAACUUAAUUCCAGAACUAAUGGCUGCUUAUCAUGAUCAUCCUCUAAGUGGUCAUUUUGGUACUGGACGUACAUGGUCUACAUUAAAAAACACAUAUUAUUGGCCAAGCAUGAAAGACACAAUAACAUCUUAUAUUAAAUCAUGUGAUAAAUGUUCACAAUUUAAUGUGGAUCGACAUAAACCAUCAGGAUUUUUAUAA